GUUAGUUCGGAGAAAGUUCUGACUUCCUGGAUGAUGAUGAUGAUGGUGAUGAUGGUGAUGAUGGGGCUAUGUUAAUUACAUAAGCAAAACGUAAAUGAUUCGCGGGAAAAAGUAAAAAAAUGGCGACUUGCACAGUCUGAAACUUUGCCUCUACACCACUAGAUAGCUAGCUACGAGUACAAUUAAUGGGACAUUAUGCAACGAGAUUAAAGGCGAUCUUCGCGUCUCUUUUCCUCCGCACCAGAGGCUAAUCGCAUCGGAAGCGAAGGUGUGAAUGGACAUCACUAUGUUGGAGUCCUACAGGGAUAUGUACUGCUCUGCGGGACACGAGCAGCUGCAGUCUAAGCAGUUACCCCAGAACAGGGCCAGGAACUACAUGGAACUGGAGAAGAGCCUGACUGAGGGGCAGUACGUCCUGUGCCGAUGGUCCGACGGCUUGUACUACCUGGGCAAGAUCGUGAGAGUAAGUGCUUCCAAGCAGAGCUGUUUUGUCACCUUUGAGGACAACUCCAAAUUCUGGGUUUUGUGGAAGGACAUUCAGCAUGCUGGCGUUCCAGGGGAGGAACCCAAGUGUUACGUGUGUUCCGGGAUGGUGCUAAUGUCCGACAACAAGAUCCUCAUCUGCGGCAAGUGUGGCAUAGGAUACCACCAGCAGUGCCAUCUGCCGCGGGUGGAGAGCCCGCUGGAUCCGUCACCUUGGUUCUGCAGGAAAUGCAUCUUUGCCUUGGCCGUGCGGAAAGGGGGCGCUCUGAAAAAGGGUCCCAUAGCCAAAGCUCUCCAGGCGAUGAAGCAGGUGUUGACCUAUAACCCAGGCGAGCUAGAGUGGGACUCGCUGCACAGGACCAAUCACCAGCAGUGUUACUGCUACUGUGGGGGACCUGGGGAGUGGUACCUGAAGAUGCUGCAGUGCUUCCGGUGUCAGCAGUGGUUUCACGAGGCCUGCAUCCAGUGCCUGCAGGAGUCCAUGAUGUUCGGAGACAGGUUUUACUUGUUCAUCUGCGCUGUGUGCAAUAAAGGGGUGGAGUACAUCAGACGCCUGGCCCUCAGAUGGGUGGACGUGGUGCACCUCGCCCUCUACAACCUGGGCGUCCAGAGUAAGAAGAAGUACUUUGAGCUGGAGGAGAUCCUCAGCUUCGUCUCCACCAACUGGGAGCAUUUCCAACUGGGCAAGCUUUCCAAUACUCCACUGUCUGAGAGGACCCAGCACCUCCUUGAUGCUCUCAACAACUAUAAAAGCAAGUUUCUCUGCGGGAAGGAGAUCAAAAAAAGGAAAUGCAUCUUCCGUCUGCGGACACGCGUUCCCCCCAACCCCCCCUCAAAGCUCUUCCCUGAGAGGGUGCCUGGCGGUGAGGCGUGGGAGGGCCGCAAGAGCAGCCGCGGCAAGAACAGCACGGUGCCGCGAGAGUUCUUGCCUCAGAAGAGGAGGAGGAAGAAGAAGAAGAGAUCCAAGUGGCUGCUGGAGGAUGCCAUCCCCAAUAAUGAUCUGACGUCUUCCUGGAGCUCCAACCAUCACAUGGCCAGCAUCUUCGACUUCACGUUGGACGAGCUGCAGAGCCUAAAGAGCACUAGCUCCGGCCGGACUUUCAGUUUGGACCUGGACUCCACAGACGCAGCAAGCACUUCCGGGUCGGCCACCACAAGUGUGUCCUAUGACUUCCGGAAGAACGUGGGCAGCAGGAAGAGGAAGCUACGUACCUCUAGCUAUGCCAUGCUCGCCACCAGGAAGGCGGCGGCCGAGAGCGAGCUGGGCCAGGGCGCAUUGGAGUCCGAGGACGCCCCCGAGGCGCUCGACGGCGCCAUUGACAGCCACACCUUUGACAGCAUCAGCGAGGAUGACUCCUCCCUAUCCCACCUCAAGUCUUCCAUUACCAGCUAUUUCGGGGCGGCCGGGCGGCUCACCUGCGGCGAGAGGUACCAGGUGCUGGCUCGCCGAAUCACCCCCGAGGGUAAGGUGCAGUACCUCGUGGAGUGGGAGGGCACCACACCCUACUGACCCAGCUGGAGAAACAGCUGCCAUACAGUUUAAAAAUCCCAUGGGCUCCGGUAAUAAAUUGACUGCCUUUUCUACACCUUUUUUUUUUUUUUUCGCUUUUUUCUUUCGUCUUUUAAAACUUCACCACUUCUGAGCCUUAGGUCUCUGGGCACGUUCUGUAAUGUAUUCACAGAAAGCAUCGCACAGCCCCUCCUCUUCAUAUCCUGUUAGAGGAACACGUCAGAGGUGUUGGCGAGGGUAUGUGAUGCGCUGCUGCCCCCUAGUGGGCAUAAUAAGCACCCGUACCGUGCCUGUUUUUUUUGCUAAUGGUUGAUCAUGUGACUGCUUUUGCUUAUCUUGAAAGCCAUUGAGAAAUGGUGUCAUGAAACAACAAUGCAAUUUAUAAAUGGUGGAUUUAAACUGAGCCUUUUGAAAUGAUGUUCCUAAAGGGUGGGGCCAUCUCUACACAUUUUUCUCCCUGAAAAGACCCACACCAGAACAGUCAUAUUGCUCCACCCCCCCCAGAGAAUCGCCAUUAUGGUAAUAUCAUUGAAACAGAAAACUAUUUGGAAAUUCAAAAGCAGGAACCAUCUGCGGUUCUUGAACUAAUACAGAAAGAGAAAGCUGCCAUAUGAAGUGACAGAAUUGUCAGGAUUAUUGGGAUGCUGGAGAAACGCGUGCACUUUGAAUGGGGAACUUCAGCAGCAGUGCAUGGAGCUUGUGGCAGUGAUGCUUGGAUCAUGUACUUCUUCUCUGUGGUGACCCUCGGCUCCACUUCGGAGUGUGGGAUGCAGGAGUGAGACGCCCGAUUUCGCUGUGGGUCAGUGACGUCAGUCUCGCUCACUCCUCCUGUAAGGUGGCAGCUUCCCAUAGCGAAGGAAACCAACCUUAGGGCUUCCUCUUUAAUCUACUUCCCACACUGCAGCCUUGUUAUGUUUGAGGUAACCAUGGUGAAGUCGUGUGUUUAUGAUGCUGCAUGUCUUUCUGGGGCAUUUCAGCAACUUUUUUUUUUUUUUUUUCUUUCGGCACCAUUGGGCAUCGUUUGAUGCAGCGCAAACGUAAGACGUCCUGUUAUUCGUGUUUAAUGGAAGCCUUUCACACGUCUUUCUCCAUGUUUGCUGUUACUCUCUCAGCGGCUGGCUAGUGUACGGUAAUCCCCAGAUUUACGCUUCUCUCGGUUCCCUCAACUUCUCAUGAAUCUACCAGCACUCCAUGUUUUAUUUCAGUUGCGGUUUGAUCAGGACCCCUGUCCGAAAGGAGCCUCUGUCCUGGCACCCUGAGUCUUUUGGGUGUAUGAAUUUUGAUGUGGCAAUUUCAGGAAGUGAAAAAAGCAGGAAGACCAAAGGAAUGUGGAUUUUGUGUGGAGAAGCCUUGGUUUAGUAUUUCCAUUGUUGUUGUUUUAUUUUAUUUUGGCUGGGCCACCUACACAUGAUGUCAUGUCCUUAAAGGACACAGUGACUUGUCUGAAAGACUAAUGUGGAGUCUUUUGCUGUAUAAAUAAAGAUCUCCUCACCGAAAUACGAGUAGUAAUUGACUUCAAGGUAGGGCAAUACAUUGUUUUUGUAAUUUAGUGUCAUCUAUUAUAGAGUAUAAAUAACAAUAGCUUAUUUAGUGCUAUAUCUUAUUUGAAAUCCUUCGAAUGAUUGAUGUACCAGUCAGGAAAAUCUGUUAAUACUUUCCCUUGUUCAUUUCCAAAGCAAUUUCUACUUUCCCUUUUUUUGUUUUCUUUUCAUCUUUUCAAGGUUUUUUUUUUAUUUUUAUACAAAUAGCCCUCUGUUUUUUUUUUUGGUUAAAGAUUUCACACAGGGCUACCAGGAAAAAAAAGUUCUUCCCAUAGCUUCGUGCCGCACAUUUCUGCUCGUUUUAGACACCUUUGUGUGAAGGCGCUGUCCCCUCACACCACACACCUGUUUCUUCCAGCAUUUGUGUGUCGUGACUUGCUAUUCUGAUUGGAUUGCAGUGUGUACAUGAAUUUAUAAAAAGCUACACUAUGACACUCAUCACUGCUAUGAGUCAAAUCCCAUCGUUUGCUUUGUUGCACUAUUUAAGACACUCGGCUUCAUCUAUGCAAUCUGAUUUAAAGGUACUUGUAAGACCAAAGCAGUUUUUAAACACAUUUCAGAAAUUAUUACAAAAAUCGUUGUUUCCCCCCGGCCUUGACAUUAGUUAUUGUUUAAUGUAUGCAGUUUGUCCCAUCUAUUACCUUUUAAGCACUUACUUUGCUGAAAAUUACAGUAUGACUGUAAGUUUAAAGUAAAACAAAAUCUAAAUAUUUAUGUCUAUUCUGAUCUGUUUUUAAAACCUCAUGCUUUUUGUCUAUUCAUUUCAGUAUUAGAUUUUUUUUUAAAUCCAAAUAUUUUGUUUCCAUAUAAGCCCUGAUUAUUAUUUUAAAAGGCAUAAAAAGCAUGUGGUUUAUGCUUGAUGUAUGUGGUAUUUAAAUUGAAGACAACGAGAGGAUGUUAAACAGUAUAAACUGUCUAACAGUUUUUUUAACAAACAUGUAACAAACUAAGCUUGUAUAUAAAGACCUUGUGUUUCUUAACAUUUCCUGCUUUGCUUGUUAGAACAAGUUUGAACCAUAUCUCCUAUUACCCAUUUAAAGCAUUUUUAAAGCCAGGCUGUAUUUUAUGGUGGUAAUGUGACUGUAUGUACCUUCAUUGUAAAAAUUAAAAGCACAGUAAAUUCACCAUGUUAGCAUACACGUUUUGCAGUUUUAAAUCUCAAUUUUGCAAAUAUUAUUUUCUUGUUCUUUAUGAAUACGUGUAAAUGAAAAUCUGGUUUUAUUUACAACCACUCCAUUAGUAUUCAUAUUUUGACAUUAAAAUACUACAUGUCAGCAUGUUUUUGAAUGUUACUUUUGGCCCAUUAUGUUUAAUGUGUCUUAGAUGCAUGAAAUACAUUCGUGGACAAUUGUCUGUGGUGUCAAAGGUGAACCAAAAGAAAAUGUUGUGUGGCCCAAUAGCCAGCAGAGGGUGGCAAAGAGCACAUUGAGAGAGUGACGUCAAAUUGGGCAAUAAACUGAUUGUCAGAAGGUGCACCGGGGUGCCUUGAGAAGGUCUCUCUUUUUUUUUUUUUUCUGUCGAAAGCUACCUGGUGAAAACUUACAAUGCCAAAUGAUCCCUUCUCCAAAUCGUGAUAUUCAAGGUUACUCAAAACCUAGCUACAGUUAAUAAGCUUUAAAUAUACGUUUUCAGCCACGUACAUUAGGACGCUACCACAUCAAUAUUCUGUUACGCCUUUCUCUCCUGCCUGAUUUGCCUAUAAUACUCACUGAACCAAUUCCGCCUGUGUAUUACAUUAUCUUGUUGCAAGACACAAAUUUGUGUUACCCCUCGUGAUUCCGUACUGACCCUGAGCAGUUCUAACAAGUUAAAGUAAUUGGAUGUUUGGAAGAUGCACCUUUUUUAGGAAGGGUUAGCUGAAUUUUUGUUAGAGAAGUCCAGUGUAUUUAUGUAAACAAAUCACGCAGGAAAAACUCCUAGCAAUAAUCAAGCUGAUGUUCAUCUCUUCUGAAUGCCACAUAAAAUGUGCUUAAUGUUUUUGUUGUGUUUUUUUUUUCCUUACAGAAAGAAAUAAAUGACCAUAGAUGACACAUAGUUUUGAGUUGUACUUGCAUAGUUCAGUUAGGCCGCAAAUAAAAUACAGCAUUUGAAAUCUUUGACUGCUCUGGUCCUUUCAUCAUAGUGGUUAUGAGCAGCUAUAAGCUGCACAACACUACUGCACUAACAUGUUUUAUUGUAACCUUAUGGACUUCCUGGCUAGGAGUAUAUGCCCUCUCCAUAUGCCUCCAAGGAUGAAAGCCAGCACAUGAACCUGUGGUGAUUUUUCAGUCCUGAAAGUACAUGUUCUGAUUUAUGUCCAAUUGAAUGAACAAUUCAAUAAAAAUGAUUACAUGUGA